GAAAGAAAGAAAGAUGACUUGUUAUACUCACAGUUUCUCCAGAGGAGGGAGCAUGCCACGGGGGCCACAUGGGGAGGCACUGGGGUGCCCGGGAGACAGACCUGAAGCAAGCAGCUCCUUUGUGUUUUCUGUGGGAUAAGGUAGGGUAGAGAGUGGCUGGUGGAGCCAUUUCAGCAGGGUCUGGGGCACAGGGGCUGUCCUGAGUUGUCCAGUACCCUGCCCCAGGUGAUCAGGGCAGGUGGAUAGUGGCCCGGGUGGUUGGGGUGUGGGCUCUGGGUUGGCUGGUUUGUACAGAAGAGGCACGCGUCUGCGCCAGUCCGUGACUAUUUCCAGGAACUGGGAACCCCGGGAGGGGCGGUCCUUCUAAUGAAUAGCAAGGCCCCUGGUGUCAGCGCAUCAAAGUACAGAAAAUCCAGCGCAUGGUUACUACCGUCGACCUCUCUGACUCAGGGGGUCAAGGCUGUGGCUGAGACGAACAAUGCGGGGUGAGGGUCUCUUUCCAAGUCUGCAUCCAGGUUAAAGGCACCUGGGUUCAAAGCGCAGCUUUGUCUGAGAAACCUCAGUGUUUUCUUGGGCAAGUUACAGAACCCUUCUGUGCCUCAGUUUCCCCAUCGGCACAAUGGGGAUGAUGACGAGCACAUCAAGCGUCUGCUGGGGCAGCAGUGAAGAUGAAACGAAGAUGAAACGGGUUAAUCAAAGACUGGCAGAGGCGCUGGGGGAUGGGAUCUGUGGCCCCUGGGGAAGCGUGCCAGGGCCUGCUAUAAUGGGGGUGCUGAGUGCAGGGCUGGGACAGGCGGGACUGCGGCCCAGACAGUGGGCUGAGCUCAGCGUCUGGGCUGGGUGGAAAUGGCCGGGCUGGGGUUUUGGGGCCACCCUGCUGGACCUCUCCUGCUCCUGCUGCUGCUGCUGCUGCCACCCCGGGCCCUGCCAGAAGGAUCUCUGGUGUUCGUGGCUCUGGUAUUCCGCCAUGGCGACCGGGCCCCGCUGGCCUCCUACCCCACGGACCCACACAAGGAGGUGGCCUCCACCCUGUGGCCACGAGGCCUGGGCCAGCUGACCAGGGAGGGGGUCCGCCAGCAGCUGGAGCUGGGCCGCUUCCUGAGGAGCCGCUAUGAGGCCUUCCUGAGUCCCGAGUACCGGCGGGAGGAGGUGUACAUCCGCAGCACGGACUUCGACCGCACACUGGAGAGCGCGCAGGCCAACCUUGCCGGGCUGUUUCCCGAGGCUGCUCCAGGGAGCCCGGAGGCCCACUGGAGGCCGAUCCCAGUGCACACGGUGCCCGUGGCUGAGGACAAGCUGCUGAGGUUCCCCAUGCGCAGCUGUCCCAGAUACCACGAGCUGCUGCGGGAGGCCACCGAGGCCGCCGAGUACCAGGAGGCCCUGGAGGGCUGGACGGGCUUCCUGACUCGCCUGGAGAACUUCACGGGGCUGUCGCUGGUUGGAGAGCCGCUGCGCAGGGCAUGGAAGGUUCUGGACACACUCAUGUGCCAGCAAGCCCAUGGUCUUCCACUACCAGCCUGGGCCUCCCCAGAUGUCCUGCGGACCCUUGCCCAGAUCUCGGCUUUGGAUAUUGGAGCCCACGUGGGCCCACCCCGGGCAGCAGAGAAGGCCCAGUUGACAGGGGGGAUCCUGCUGAAUGCUAUCCUUGCAAACUUCUCCCGGGUCCAGCGCCUGGGGCUGCCCCUCAAGAUGGUCAUGUACUCAGCCCAUGACAGUACCCUGCUGGCCCUCCAGGCGGCCCUGGGUCUCUAUGAUGGACAUACCCCGCCAUACGCCGCCUGCCUCGGCUUUGAGUUCCGGAGGCACCUGAGGGAUCCUGAUAAAAACGGAGGGAAUGUCACCAUCUCCCUCUUCUACCGCAAUGGCUCCGCCCACCUGCCGCUGCCUCUCAGUCUCCCCGGGUGCCCGGCUCCCUGUCCACUACGCCGCUUCUACCAGCUGACUGCCUCGGCUCGGCCUCCGGCCCAUGGGGUGUCCUGCCAUGGCCCCUAUGAGGCUGCCAUCCCCCCAGCUCCAGUGGUGCCCCUGCUGGCCGGAGCUGUAGCUGUGCUGGUGGCACUCAGCUUGGGGCUGGGCCUGCUGGCCUGGAGACCAGGGUGCCUGCGGGCCUUGGGCGGCCCCGUGUGAGCCAGAAACCAUUGUUUCCCUACCCCCAGCUGACACUGGACCCCAACACGUAUGCUCACUAGCUGUUCUGGCUUCUGUGACUUACUGUGCGCCUGUGUGCGUGGGGAACGAGGGCUGGGUGGAGUCUCUGGCCUGGAAACCAGUUUGUGUGUGCUCAUAUGCGCGUCUGUGACAGUGGCAUGAGUGUGCAUGCAUGCAUGUCACGUGUGACCACUGUUUUUGCGCUUAUGCGCGUGCACAGGUAGUCUGUACGUACUUACUGAUAAAAACGUGUCUGUGGCACACAUUCAAGCACAAAUGUGCCCAUGUCUGAACAAGCAGGCAUGCCUGCAUGGCACUUUUUUGGUAGAGACAGGGUCUUACUUUGUGGCCCAGGCUGGAGUAGUGCCAUAAGCAUAGCUCACUGCAGCUUCGAACUCGUUUCAGUUUCUACAGGUGUGCACCGUGCCUGGUUUUGUUUUCUUGGUAUGUUGGCCAGGCUGGCCUCAAAUAAUCCUCCUGCCCUGGCCUCCCAAAGCACUGGGAUUAUAGUUGUGAGCCACCACACCCGGCUGGCAUGUUUAUGCAUGUUUCUAUGCAAGCACUGGAAGCAUGUGGCUGGCUGAGGACCUAGUGGACCCUGUAUGUACCUCCACAUGCAGCUUGUGUGACAGGAGCUUGCUCAGUGAGCCUCGAUGUGGGCCAUGUGCUCUGUGGAGACCCGGCUCACAGGAGUUGGACCCUCGUCUAGAAAGUGACCUACACCAGCUCUCAAAGCAACCAUGAACUCGGGUGGGGUCAGGGGGAUCCGGCAGCAGAGACCUCAGAAAGGUGCACGAUUCAAAGCCUGGUUUCCGAGGCUGUGCGCCUCUGGGCAAGUAAUAGGCCCUUCUGUGUCUCACUCAGAACCACGACUCUAAGCCAGCAGAAUCCUCAACUCCCAGACUUCCUUCCUGGGGGCAGGCAGAGAGCAGGGAAAGAUGGCAGCGCUCUCCGGGUUGUGCACUGCAAUGCUGCAAGCGAUGUGGAGGCGCUGGCCAAUACAGUAGUCACCACCACGUGUGGCUAUUUAAAUUUAGGUUAAAUAAAACAGAGUGUUUGGGUCCCAACCAUUGCACAGGCCAUGCACCCACCACUCGAACAUUUAUCACAUGCUGAUGAGAGCUACUCCACCCCCACUCAUGCAGUAGCAGGCGCUGUGGGGCACCUGCAUGGCUGCCAUUUGAGUCCCUGACCCAAGGGGGAGGGUGCCUCUUCGUGUGGCACAGGGCAGAGCACCAGUCCCUCCCAGGCCUUGUCCCACACCCAUGGCUGUGUGGCAGCGUCUAACCAGAGCACUCGUGGGGAGCCUGGGUGCAGUGGACGCUUAGUAACAGCCACUUGGUCCCCAUUACACGGAGCAGUUGGAGCAAAGUUCAAAGCCACUCCCAGUGACCAGAACCUAAAAAAGGAACAGGGUCCAGAAACACCAGUGAGCGGAAGCUGGGACGACCCCUCCCCCACACCAGGGCCACCUGCAUACCGCCCUAAACCCAUUUCUUCCCAGGGUCCUGAGGGCAGCCUCUCAUGCAGACUCGUCCCUGGGGAGUCCCCAGACCUGCCUCACUGCCCUUCCCGGCAUUCCCUAGAGGUGUUGGGUGGUCAUGGGGCACCUCAAAUGGAUGCCCGGAGCCAUGACCCUGGGAAGGCUGAGGAACGAAUGCCCCUCAUACUUUCUGGCCCUGGGAGGCAGCCUGGCUGCUUCCUUGCAGGUUCAUGGAGACCGCAAGUGCCAGGUGGGGUUCCCUGUGGCUGUGACCACCUCUCACCUGGUGGUGAGAGCCCACCCUUUCCCAGCAGCCUGCUGGAAGGGCCUGUGCAGAGCCGGGAGCCUGCUAGUGGGCAGAGGCCUGGGUGGAUCCCCCUGGACCCAGCUCAGGAGCUGAGCCCACAGAGGGCGAAGUGGUAUGUCCGUGGUUUAACAGGGGCCCCUGUGCCCAAGACCUCAGCUGCGAAGCCAGAGCCGCCAGGGCUCAGUGAGUCCAACACACCCUAAACCCAGACCCAGAACUCAGACCAGACAGAAGCCACACACAGCAAAACCAGACCCAUCAAAAGGGACUGGGGCUGACCACAGCACACAGCCAAUGCACACUUUCAGAGAGAAGGCAUAGCAACAGAGGUCUUAAGAGAAAACCCAUGACAGGCCUGGCGUGGUGGUGGCAGCUCACAUCUAUACUCCGAGCACUUUGGGAGGCCAAGGCGGGUGGACCACCUGA